ACUUAUGAAACCGGCUUCAGAACAGAACUACAGCCCGCACGAGAAGCGAUAGCGCUCCAAGAAAGGAAAUUCUGGGGUGGAAUCAUAGUAAAUGAGACCGCAGACUGGGAGUUAAUUUUGGAUCCCAAGCAACCGAGAUAUGUGGGGCAUCCUACCAAAGAGCUUGAUGCAGCUUGGGAUAUGCUCGUGGGGAACUACGUUGCUCUCAGUGAAGCAGAGGCGUCAACUGUACAUGGCCAACAUUCUAAGGAGAAUGGAUACUAUUUCGUCGUACCACACGUCAGACACACACUCCACUGCGUAAACUACCUGCGAAAAGCAUUAUACCCAAAAUACUACCCAACCCUACGCCAUGAGUCCAGAGAGCGUGUCCCAGACUAUUAUACGCACGUUGAUCAUUGUCUGGAGACGAUUCGUGAGACGGUGCAGUGCAACCAGGAUAUGACGCCAGUUCCGCAUUAUUGGAGUGAGGAGAAGGGGAUGUUUUUGGCGAAUACGAUGCUCACGCAUACCUGUAGAGAUUUUGUCAAACUUUUGGAGUGGCAG